UUUAUUAUUGUUCUUAGUUUUUAUUUUUAACUUGAUCAAACUUUUCGAAUUGACCUCUCCUUUGAGGUGAGUGGACAUGGAAUAUGAUUCCCAGGAAGCUUCAUGAGCUAAUCUGCUGUGAUUUGAGAUUUUGCCACUCCUUGAUUCGUUCCUACUCUGGCUGCUUAAUAGUGGUUGUAUGGCAAAUCCUAAUACAGCAAGACGUUGGCUUUUGUCCUGAAAAUUUCAGGAUGAGACCUUGAGUGUACGUGAAGCAAGAAUAAUACGUUAGAAAAAAUGAUGCUCCUCCAUGGAGAUCUUUUUGAAGAAAGGACAAGCAGCACUUCACGUGUAAUGGGUGUUAGCACACUAGUAACACCUCUGUACAGGUUCUGGUGACAGCCUCUAACCUGAGAAGAAAGUUAUGAGACAAUUACUCACAUGUGCCCUCAGAGUUUCCAGUGUGGCUGCGGUGUAACUCCCAUUACAGUGUUUGGACGGUCUGAUUUUUAGGUUGUGAAUUUUCAGCAAGGUGCAAUAUAAGCAGGAUGUACUCAAACAACUUUUAAGCCUGGAGUGUAUGUAUGUCCUUUAUUUAAAUGCAAAGACUACUUUUACACGGGUUUAAACUGUGUAUUUUGUGCCUUCACACGGCAUAAAUUUUAACAAAAUUCACAGAUGAAGGGUGGUAAAUACACAAAGUUAAGAACCAUAAAGAAAGCAGUGUAGCUUUAAGUCUGCCUAUGCAGAGCUGGCUGUAUUUUUUUCUACUACCUGUCAGUUCUCUAGCUUGAGUUAGGGUGUGAAUAUAAUGAAUUAGGGAAGAGGCGGUCUUGUGGCUUUACUUUCCAAUGUUGUAUGAUUGAAGUGAAAUGCCACUUGAACAUGCCAAUUAAUAUCAAUCCAGAGAAGACUUACGUUGAUUACUUUAGUAGUUGUGCACUAGGGUUUUAUGUGUUGACCUCUGACUGACAAGUAAAACACUAGGUGAGUGAUGUUGUGCAGGCAAGAAUGAGGGGUUUGUGGUAUCACCUCUGUGAUGUGGGCUAAAUCUUUUAAGUAUGAUAGAUAAAGGUAAUUCCUUGUUAAAACAUACAGGGGGGCCACCUGCUCAAAUGUUUGCUGUAGAAAAGAGAAUCUUUAGGCUUUAAUAGUGAUAAUUUUGUUCUGUCAUCUCAGUGUAACACAGCAACAACCAGAUGUAAGUUUAUGUAUGAGGGCUACGUUGGGUUCCUGCUGGAAGAAGAGAGCUUUAGAUUACAUUGGUGUUCUUUAAUUCCACAGUCGUUCCUCACUAGGCUUAAAAUAAAUCAGUACCUUUUCCCCAGUAAGCUAAGCAGUUAAAUAACCGGUGUUUAUGUUCUGGCUGUGUGAUAACUUCAGUUCUUGUUCUGUCCUUCUCAAACUUUUCUGCCAAUUGCAGGUCCUCAUUAUUUUGUUUCCUAUUGUGGUCAAACUCAUACCUUCAUACCUCAUUCAUUCCUAAGCAUUGUUUCCAAAUACAUUUAGAUUUCUGUUUGAGACAUCUCAUGUCUCCUUCUUUUUGAGUUUUUCUUCUGUAAGUGGGCAGUGUUCCCUGUCAGAGAUAGGGAAGAUCAUCUAGCAAAUUUUUUAGUUCAUUCUUAAAAUUUAUUAGCAAUAUAGUACCAAGGCGUUGGUGACGGUCAAGGUCCAAAUAAUGCAAAAGCAAACAUCUGAAAAGCGGUAGCUUGGUGUUAAAUGUGCAGCUGUCAAAAAAUGUAAUUCCUGUUUUAGAAUAUUAAGCAAUAAAUGUAGCAAUAUUUUACCUGAAUGUCUCAUGCAGCUACUAGAUUUGGUUAAGGAAAUGCCAAUUUUCAAUUAUCUGUAGAUUAGGGUGAUGUGGGACGUGGGUCACAUUGUGAGUUCAUCCUAGCCACCAAAAACUCACUCAUUUCCCUCACUUCACUGCGGAAUAGAAUUGGAAGAACAAAAGUGAGAAAAACUUGUGGCUUGAGAUACAGAUAGCUCAAUAAAUCGAGGAAAAAAAGCUGUGCAAAGGCAAUCAUUCAUUGCACCCCAUGAGCAGACUGAUGCUCAGCUCCCUUGGAGGGACUGCCCUGAGCAACGUCUGUUGCUGGGUGUGAUGUCGGAUGGCAGGGAGCAUCCCUUUGGUUAAUUCCCAGCAGCUGUCCCCUCUCCUCUUGCCCACCCCAGCCUGCUCACUGUUGGGGCAGGGUGAGAAGCGAGCGGCCCUCACGCUGUAGAAGCAGCGGCCAGUACUAAUGGAAGCACUGACGUGUUAUCAGCAGUGGUUUGUCACCAGUCUAAAAUAAAACCCGGCACUGUACAAGCUGCUAUGAAGAAAAGUAACUCCAGCCCAGCCAGACCCAGUCCAAUCUACUUUGCUUCUAACCAAAGAGGAUGGAUCCCGUCAGACUUCUCUGCUGCCUUCUGGGCAUCAGUGUGGCCGUGCAACUUCAGGAUUCACCUGUGGUCCAGAAAGGAGCACAGCUGCUUGUGUGUUAGCAAAUGCUGCUGCUUGGUGUCUGGACAUCCAUCUCACAGUGUGCUUCUGGAAGCUCGGUGUCUUUACUGGUGCUACUUGAAAUUUGAGAUUGAGAAUUGACCAAAAAAUAGCAAAAACUACUUUUUUUUAAUAUUAGCAAAUCUUAAUUCAUCUCUGUAUUUUGGUCUGACGCAUGGACUGGGAGUUGAGUCUUCCCCAUUGCUCCUCCCGUCAGAAGUUAUGAGGAGUGAGUGUACUGUUUUUUGUUUUAAAAAGUGCUGAGUUAGGUUUAAAGAAAUCUGAUUCUGUUGUGGUUACAGAACUAGGUGUUUAAUGAUUCAUACAUUGUUAUUCAUCACCAUGAUUUUUAGCAUAGUAUGAGGAGACAAUUUUGCCAUCCCCGUUUUGUUCUCUUGUUCUACUGCUUUUUAAUACUCAAAAAUAGUGUAUAGAUUUCAAUAGGCUUGGGUCCUUGCGUCCCUAGGCUUGUCAACUGCCACAUAGAUUCAGUGGCAGGUUUUCAUAGGUGAAUUCGGUGAGCAUGAGUCGUGUUGGAUUGUCCUCUCGGUCUGAUGCCAGCAGGCUGCAUGAGAUCUACCGAGACUGUGCCGUGCUUGCAGUUGAGUGCACUCAUCUGCGCCUUGCAUGGAGAAUUGCAGACUGCCACGGGGCUGCUUACAUAAGGAAGAAAUGUCAGGGAAAACUCUCGUUCUGUCUUUCCCCUUCCACGCUGAGAUGUUACCAGGCCUUGGAGCAGAGAGCACCUGCUUGCUGACUCAGCCCCCGAGGUGGACUUUUCAGAAGGCAGCAGCGUAGAAAUCCAGUGGAGUUGACCCAAACCUUGAUGGCUGAUGGUGUGCUGACCCCGACAAUAGAGAACAGUAAUUUUCCCUACCAAGUACCCAGCUUCCAUAAGUGUGAGAUCUGUUUGCUGUCUUUUCCAAAAGAGACCCAGUUCCAGCGCCAUAUGAGGGAUCAUGAGCAAAAUGACAAGCCUCACCGAUGUGACCAGUGUCCGAUGUCAUUUAAUGUUGAAUUCAACUUGACACUUCAUAAAUGUACUCACAAUGGUGAAGAUCCUACGUGUCCUGUGUGCAACAAGAAAUUCUCCAGAGUAGCAAGUCUGAAAGCUCAUAUAAUGCUGCAUGAGAAAGAAGAGAAUCUUAUCUGUUCAGAGUGUGGAGAUGAAUUUACUUUACAGAGUCAGCUGUCCAUACACAUGGAAGAACAUCGUCAAGAAUUGGCAGGCAGUAGGAUCCACAGCUGCAAAUCUUGCAAAAAGGAAUUUGAAACUUCCUCACAGCUAAAGGAACAUAUGAAAACUCACUAUAAAAUAAGGGUAUCAAAUACCAGAUCUUAUAACAGAAACAUUGACAGAAGUGGAUUUACCUAUUCCUGUCCUCACUGUGGAAAGACCUUCCAAAAACCAAGUCAGUUAACUCGACAUGUUAGAAUACACACAGGUGAAAGACCUUUUAAAUGUAGUGAAUGUGGAAAAGCCUUUAACCAGAAGGGGGCAUUGCAGACCCAUAUGAUCAAGCACACUGGUGAAAAACCCCAUGCUUGUGCCUUUUGUCCUGCUGCCUUUUCUCAGAAAGGCAAUCUUCAGUCACACAUACAGAGAGUUCAUUCAGAGGUCAAGAAUGGCCCUACGUACAACUGUACAGAAUGUAGCUGUGUCUUCAAAAGCUUGGGUAGUUUGAAUACACAUAUCAGCAAGAUGCACAUGGGUGGUCAACAGAAUUCUGCGAGCUCUUCAACAGAUGUAUCUCAUGUUACAGCGGAUUCUGUCGCCCAGCCUUUAACAACAUCUGCUAAUCUUUUGCAACCUGUUGAUAAUAAAUGGAAGAAUGCCACGCAUUUCCGGUCUCCGCUUCUUCAGCAGACAGAAAACCAGGUGUCUUCAGCUACUGCUAAUCAGGGACAACAGGCUGUAACUGAUGUCAUCCAGCAGCUCCUUGAGUUAUCAGAACCUGGUCCUGUAGAAAAUAACCAGCCUCAACAACCUGGUCAGCAACUCAGCAUUGCUGUGGGGAUCAAUAGAGAUAUUUUGCAGCAAGCUUUAGAGAACAGUGGGUUGUCUUCAAUUCCUGUCUCUGCACAUUCUACUGACUGCAGCCAAGCUAAGACUCCUGGGACCCAGGAUCAGAACCCAGAUGUCCAGACUCUCUCAAAUCAUCAGACUGACUCUAAUAAUGCAGAACAAGAUAAGGAGCAAGAGAGUACAGAUAAACUGGAUAAAAAAGAAAAAAAGGUUAUUAAGAAAAAAUCGCCAUUUUUACCUGGUUCUAUACGUGAAGAAAAUGGAAUAAGGUGGCAUGUUUGUCCUUACUGCUCUAAAGAAUUUAAAAAACCAAGUGAUUUAGUGCGCCACAUUCGCAUUCAUACCCAUGAGAAGCCAUUCAAGUGUCCCCAGUGUUUCCGCGCAUUUGCCGUUAAGAGUACUCUCACAGCACACAUAAAAACACACACUGGCAUUAAAGCUUUCAAGUGCCAAUUUUGUAUGAAAUGCUUUUCCACCUCAGGGAGUUUAAAAGUUCACAUUCGUCUACAUACAGGUGUUAGGCCUUUUGCUUGUCCUCACUGUGACAAAAAAUUUAGAACAUCAGGCCACCGGAAAACUCAUAUAGCUUCACAUUUUAAACACACGGAACUAAGAAAGCUGCGACAUCAACGUAAACCUGCAAAAGUUCGAGUAGGAAAAACAAGUGUCCCUGUACCAGACAUCCCUUUGCAAGAGCCCAUACUCAUCACUGAUUUAGGUCUUAUCCAGCCAAUCCCAAGGAAUAGCCAGUUCUUCCAAAAUUAUUUUAACAACAAUUUUGUGAAUGAUGCAGACAGACCAUAUAAGUGUUUUUAUUGCCAUCGAGCCUAUAAAAAAUCUUGUCAUCUUAAACAACAUAUCAGGUCACAUACGGGUGAAAAGCCAUUUAAGUGCUCUCAGUGUGGAAGAGGUUUUGUGUCAGCGGGAGUUCUGAAAGCGCAUAUUAGAACACACACUGGACUGAAAGCUUUUAAGUGUCUUAUAUGCAACGGGGCCUUCACUACUGGUGGUAGCCUCAGGCGACAUAUGGGAAUCCAUAAUGACCUUCGACCAUAUAUGUGUCCAUAUUGUCAAAAAACAUUCAAAACAUCACUAAACUGUAAAAAACACAUGAAGACUCAUAGGUACGAACUUGCACAGCAACUUCAGCAGCAUCAGCAGUCUACUUCAAUAGAUGACUCUACAGUAGAUCAGCAGAGCAUUCAUGUUUCUACACAGAUGCAAGUGGAGAUUGAAAGCGAUGAGCUUCAGCAGUCAGAAGCUGUUGCAACAGAUCAGCAGGCUAUUUUAGAGUUAGACCAGCAGCCAGUAGUAGGCACAGAAGAAACAGCACUAGAACAACAAUUGGCUGAUCAGCCUUUAGAGCAAGAUGAGGAUAGAUUUGUGACAUCCCAGCAUACUUUACAAGAAAACAUCGCUCAGUUUGAGCAACAAGCUAUAACACAGCAGUCAUUUGAUCAACAGGGCUUAUCACAAGGUUUUACAGUGAAUGACAGCUACAAUCAACAGACUCAAUUUCCAGCUGUACAGCAGCUGCAGGAUUCAAGCACACUUGAAUCUCAGGCUCUUUCAACGAGUUACCAUCCACCAACCCUUCUUCAAGUUCCAAAUACAGACACUAUUAAUGUAACUACUCGGUUGAUACAAGAUCAGUCAUCACAAGAAGAACUUGAAUUGCAUACCCAGCGGCCUCAUUUUCUUGAGGACAAUGAAGAUCAAAGCAGGCGUUCAUAUAGAUGUGAAUAUUGCAACAAGGGUUUUAAGAAAUCCAGCCAUUUGAAACAACAUGUACGAUCACAUACUGGUGAGAAGCCUUAUAAAUGCCAACUAUGUGGCCGUGGCUUUGUUUCAUCAGGAGUUCUUAAGUCACAUGAAAAGACUCAUACAGGAGUUAAAGCAUUCAGCUGUAGCAUUUGCAAUACGUCCUUCACAACUAAUGGCAGCCUUACAAGGCACAUGGCAACUCACAUGAGCAUGAAGCCUUACAAGUGCCCAUUCUGUGAUGAAAGUUUUCGAACAACAGUUCACUGCAAAAAACAUAUGAAAAAACAUCAGGCAGUCUCCUCAGCUGUAGCAGCAGCUACAGAAACAGGAGGGGGAGUUACGUGUGUUGAAGAUGACGAAGAAAACUCUGAAAGAACUUCAAGAAAAUCUCGUCCUGGAGUCAUAACUUUCACAGAAGAAGAAACAGCAGAACUGGCAAAGAUUAGGCCUCGAGAAAGUGCCACAGUCUCAGAAAAAGUUCUUGUUCAGUCUGCUGCAGAGAAAGACAGAAUUAGUGAGAUCAAAGAUAAGCAGGCAGAACUGGAAGCAGAGCCUAAAUACGCUAACUGUUGCAGUUACUGCCCCAAAAGCUUUAAAAAGCCCAGUGAUUUAGUCAGGCAUGUUCGUAUCCAUACUGGAGAGAAGCCGUAUAAGUGUGAAGAAUGUGGGAAGAGUUUCACUGUAAAAUCCACUCUAGAUUGUCAUGUUAAAACACACACAGGUCAGAAGCUCUUCAGUUGUCAUGUGUGCAGUAAUUCUUUUUCUACAAAAGGAAGUCUAAAAGUCCACAUGCGUCUGCAUACAGGAGCAAAGCCGUUCAAAUGUCCGCACUGUGAUUUACGGUUUCGUACGUCUGGGCGCAGAAAAACCCACAUACAGUGUCAUUAUAAACCAGAGACCAAGAAGGUUAGGAAGCCUGUUGCCCGUACUUCAACUGAGGGACUACAGCCAGUCAGUCUCCUUAAUUCAUCCUCAACAGACCCAAAUGUUUUCAUCAUGAAUAACUCUGUUUUGACGAGUCAGUUUGAUCAAAAUUUACUUCAACAAGGACUUGUGGGCCAGGCUAUUCUGCCUGCUUCUGUGUCAGCUGGAGGUGACUUAACUGUGUCCUUGACAGAUGGUAGCUUGGCCACUCUUGAAGGAAUACAGUUACAACUUGCUGCUAAUCUAGUUGGACAAAAUGUUCAAAUCUCUGGAAUAGAUGCCACCAGUAUUAACAACAUAACAUUACAGAUUGAUCCAAGUAUUCUACAGCAGAGUAAUUUACUUGCUCAGCAGCUAACUGGAGAUCCCAAUAUGGCUUCACAGAAUCCCACCCUCCAGACAACAGAAAACACAGUGCCUGCUAAUGUGGUUAUUCAGCCUAUAUCAGGCCUGUCUUUACAGCCUACAGUAACAUCUUCAGCUAACAUGACAAUAGGAUCCCUAUCUGAGCAAGAGUCUGUGCUGACAACCAAUGCUAGUGGUACACAGGACAUCUCCCAAGUCAUGACUUCACAGGGUAUGGUAUCAUCUUCAAAUGGACAACAUGAGAUAACGUUGACCAUAAAUAAUUCCAGUUUGAGCCAAGUUUUGGCUCAUGCUACAGGUUCUACUACUACAAACUCUUCAGGAAGUCCUCAAGAAAUCACUCUUACAAUAUCUGGCCAAGAUCUUAUCCAGCAUAAUUCUGGAAGCAGUGAUAUGAAUGGUAGCUUAAGGCUGACAACACCAACCAUCAACAGCCAGAGUACAGGGGCGACAUUAACUAUAAGCAAUGACCAGCUUCUUUCUCAGGGCACUUCACUAAAUGCUCCAGAGCUUAGUACAACAGGUGGAACAAACCUUCCUUCAACAACACCCAUGUCUCAGUCUACAGUUUCUACACAGAAUUUGGUAAUGUCUUCAUCGGGAGUUGGAGGAGAUGGUAGUGUCACUUUGACUCUUGCUGACACUCAGGGAAUGUUGUCGGGUGGUCUUGAUGCGGUUACACUUAAUAUCACUUCACAGGGUCAGCAGUUCCCUGCUAUACUUACAGAUUCCAGUCUCGCUAGCCAAAGUGGGUCAGGCUCACAGCAAGUCAUACUGGUGAGCCAUACACCCCAUUCAGCAGCUGCCAACUCUGAAGAAAUAACAUAUCAGGUGGCAGAGGUUUCUCCUAAUGUGACUAAAAGCAGUCAAGCAGAAAAAGAAAGUCGUGUGCACCAGUGUUUUGAGUGUAGUCAAACGUUCUCUUCAGCCACCAUGUUGAUGCACCAUAGUAAAGAGGUUCAUGGCAAGGAAAGAAUACACGUUUGCCACGUCUGCAAUAAAGCCUUUAAGCGGGCAACGCAUCUCAAGGAACACAUACAAACCCAUCAGGCUGGACCUUCACUGAGUUCCCAGAAGCCUAGGGUGUUUAAGUGUGAUACUUGUGAAAAGGCUUUCGCUAAGCCAAGUCAGCUGGAGAGACAUAGUCGCAUUCACACAGGGGAACGGCCAUUUCAGUGUACACUAUGUGAAAAGGCUUUUAACCAGAAGAGCGCUCUUCAAGUUCAUAUGAAAAAGCACACAGGAGAGAGGCCUUAUAAAUGCGAUUACUGUGCAAUGGGAUUUACACAGAAAAGCAAUAUGAAACUCCAUAUGAAACGGGCUCAUGGUUACACUGGUCCUGUACAAGAACAAGCUAGCAAUCAAGAACAAGAAGGGGAAGAUAUUAGUCGUGCUCUGAAUUUAGAAGAAGUGGUACAAGAAUCUUCAAAUGAAUGGCAAAGUAUAGGCAGUGUUUUUCGAUGACAACUUUAAAUCUGAAAGCUAAAAAUGUUUUUGGGACUUGAAUUUCUCUAUGAACAAGUUUUCAGAGAAGAAAAAGAUGGAUUUUACUGUUGAAGCUUCAAGCAUUGGAAAUAUUAACAAUAGAAUAAUAUAUUAUAGUUUUUUUAAUUAUUUACAAAAGUUACCUAAAAGAAUCGUUGUCUUUUUUUAAGCUUGUUGAAAAAUAUUGGGAAAACAUCACUUAAUCUGUGCAAGUUGUCUGUGAAUCAAUGAACUCAGGUAAUACUGUAUACAGUUUCAUCUUCUAAUUCACAGCCAGUAUAUCUAUUUGAAAAAUAAACUGGAACUUCAUACCAGAGUAGAACGAUUCCCAUUUUUAAAGGAGAUGAAGAAUAAAUUAACUUCAUGGGGAAGCUAUGAAGCUGUUAGCUUCCUUUUUUUUUUUUUCCUCUUGUUUAAAGAAAUAAUUGAGUUUGGAAACAAUGUUACAAAGUAGAUGCAUGCAGUAUAAAUUAGAUUUUUGUUUUUACAAGGCACGGGAAAAUGCUAUAUUUCUGUUUUAACCAUUUUGAGAAUUUGAAAAAAAAUAAAUUGCCAUAAACUUAUGGCUUUUCUUGAGUUAAGCUCUUCAGAGGGCACAUAUUCAUUUCCAUUCCAAUCACAGGGGCAGUUCAAUUAGUUGUUAGAUUUUACAUUCAAAUGCCUGAGAUUUUAAACUCAGCAAUAAUUAUUUAAAGAAAAUUCAAACUAGAAGAGGUUACAAAGAAAUCCUCUUUUAUGUUUGCUGUACUGGAUCAGCAGGUACAUAUCCCAGUAUCUGUCGAAAGCACAGCCGUAUAUUAAAUUUGGGAAGUAAACAUGCAGUUCUCUGGUAGUGGCAGUCAGAAAGUGAGUUGCACAUUAGGUCAUCUAUAUUAUACAAAAUUCCCCAGUGCUGUAAACGGUUAUUUCGAAUCUGUAAAUUCCUCAUUGUUUUCUUUGUGAAUUUGGGAACAUGUUACUUUCAUAUGUUGUUGUUGAAGUCAUUGUUUCAGCAAAACUACCUAGUUGACGAAGUAAUGCUUUGAAAGGUGCCACUUCUUAAGUAUAUUCAUAGCAAAGAAACACUGGAGUAAAAACAUAGUCAUCUUUUAGACAUUCCAAAGACAGAAGCUUUUUUUUAUUUUUACCUUGUUCUUUUGAGUUUUAUUUAUAUGUUACAUAUAUAUAGAUAUAUAUAUAUGUGUGCUUGUAUAUAUAUAUUUAAAGUUAUAUGAGCCUCUGUGUGGCUGAUCAGUAUAUUUUGUAAAUACUAAUCCCAUUUGCAGGAAGUUCAUCUUUUCAUUUUGCUGCAAGUACUUCUAGAUCAGUGGAGGAUUCAUUGUACUAUAAUACAGAGCUAGAUUUUAAUUUACUUUCUGAAAGAUAAUUGCUCUCAAAUCCAGAAAGCCCUUUUUUGUAAAUAUUGUCUAUACUUUGUCUAUGAUACAAACUAGUUAUUUCGGAUUGCUGAAUCAAGAAAUCACUGUUGUUUUUGAUAGGGCAUCUCUCAAUUCUUUUGUUAACUCUUUGGCAUAUGUAUAUAAGUAAUAUAGUUGGUGACAUGAAAAUAACACUUUUGUUAUGUGGAAUAUUUAAUUCAAAAACAUGUUAAAUAAUAUUACUUUUUUCCAAAUUCUGCUUCGUGUGUUUUUUGAGCAUUUGACUCAGGAUUCU